AUACAAACAUGUACAAAUGUUUGAAAUUAACGUUCUUUGGCGCGCCAGUAUUUUACCAAAUUGUAAAAUACAGUAACUUCUUAAAUUUGGUUUUUAACCCGUUACUAGUUUGAGACUGACACUUUGGAGCCACAGCUUAAUCCUCUUGCUUCGUAUACAGCUUAAACUAUCAUCAUCUACCUUAUCGCCAAGCAACUGUACCACUGUUGCUUCCUUUGCUGCCAUGUCGACUCCCACCAAAUCUUUCCCAUUUUCCUCUUCUCCUUCCUGUUUCUCUUAUGCACUAUCUCCCCCAAUUCGAACUUUCUUUCCUUCAACUUUACUCCCUUCUCACAAGCUCAUAUUUACCCCUAACACUGCACAAAAACAAGAUAAACUACCUUUACCUUUUCAAGAUUCCAGGAUUUUACUGCUCAAAUGCAACGCCAUCACCAUCAACGACAGCUCCACAAAUUCUUUCGUUGAUUCGGGGGUGAUGUUAUUUGCACUCUUUCGAGAAAUUGGGUUCAAUGAGACUGAUACUGAAACCCUUUUGGACAACCACCCGGUAAUCAAAAUCACUCCUUUCGAAUCCAUACGUACAAGAAUUCAUUCUUUGCAGGCCCUUGGUGUUAGUGGUCUUUCACUUUCAAGAUUGAUUGUGAAAAGACCAGAUGUUUUAACAGCAACCGAAAUUGAUGGUGUUGUUUGUUUUCUACUCAAGGGUGAUUUGGAGUUGGCAGGAAAAAUCAAAACUUCACAAAUUGAACAUCUUUUUAACACAACAGAACCCAAGUUUCUUGCAGGAUUUGAAGGAAAGGUAAGAUUGUUACUCCAACUUGGGAUUACUCAAGAAACUAUUGUUCAUGUUUUGAACAAUGCCAACUUAACGAAGGCAUUUUGUCUCAAAUCAUUUGAAGAUAUAGAAAGGAUACUCAAUUUCUUGAACCGUUUUGGCGGUGUUGAUUUGAUCCUUCGUCGUCCAGCACUUCUCAAUUAUGACCUAGACGCGCAGUUGAUUCCGAGAGUCGGUUUCCUCUUGGAGCUGAGUGGAGGUGAUGAGAUUGGAACUGCAACCGUAUUGCGUAAGUUGCCAUUUGUUGUUGCAUACAGUGUUGAUCACUUAAAAGAUCAUGUAGAGUUCUUGAAAUCAUUUGCUGGAUUAAGUGAGGAGGAGAUUUUUCGAAUUGUUUUAGUUUAUCCCAAUAUGUUUAGUGCCAGUAGGAAAAGGAAAUUGCAUCCUCGGAUUGAUUUUCUAAAGCAAUGUGGGUUGACUUCUCAUGAUAUAUUCAGAUUCUUAAUAAAAGCUCCUUUAUUUCUAAGUCUGUCAUUUGAGGGGAAUCUUGCUUACAAGCUGGUCUUUUUGGUGAAGAUUGGGUAUAAGAAGAAUACUAAGGAAUUGGCAAUGGCAAUGGGAGCUGUUACCAGGACUAGCUGCAAAAAUAUGCAAGAGGUUAUUGGCGUAUUUUUGAACUACGGCUUGACUUGUGAUGACAUUUUGGAGAUGAGCAUGAAGCAUCCGCAGGUAUUGCAGUAUAAUCAUGAGUCAUUGGAGGAGAAGAUGGAUUAUUUGGUUGAGGAGAUGGGUCGUGAAGUUGGGGAGCUAUUGGCUUUUCCUGCAUUUCUUGGGUACAAGCUUGACGGAAGGAUUAAACACAGGUAUGAAGAGAAAAAAAAGAUCUUAGGGGAAGGCAUGUCGCUCAAUAAACUCCUUAGUGUGUCUGCAGCAAGAUUCUCAACAAAAAGCAAGAGGAAGCAACGAGUUCCUGCCAUUAAUGGCCUUGAUGAGAGUGAUGACUGAUUUGGAAUGAUUUAUGGUACAUUAUUUGUUGUCAUAAUCAUGUGAAAACCUCUAUUAAAUGUUAAAACCAAAGGUUUGAUGGUUCGGUUAGAUCAACUCAGUUUUGCUUCCUUUGCCGACUAUAGAACGUGCGUAUGGACAUAUUUGCAGGGGAAUGGAAGAACUUCUGGACAAUGCCGUCUUUCAUUUGCUGAGCAUCGAAUGCUCGGGUAUUGGUGUUCUUCAUGGCUGAGUGAGGACAUGAUUUCAACUUUUAGGUUGUCUAUUGGUAAAAUCAGGGCACUUUAUGAACUAGUGAUCGUACAUUAGUGCAAGUGCGCAAUAACAACUUUGUAUCACAACUGGAAGUUGACGGCACACUGAAGCUUCUAUUUCUGUUGAAGAUGUAAUACAGAGCUGCUGAACCCUUUUAUGUUGACACUCUUUAAAAAUGUAAAUCAGUAACAUAUAUUGCAAAUUCUGAACUAUCUAAUGCCUAUAUUUCCUCUUAGAAUUACGUGCAUAUGUGCUUUCCAAAGCCAAAUUACAGUUAUACUAGGAAAAGACUGCCAUAGAGGAUGUUGUUUUGAAUUUCUUGUUCAUUAAAGUGUCAUUGUUUUCCGUGAUCUGAUCGUUGAAUAUUGAGUUGGCCUCCUGAUUCCUACU